AACUUUUUAAUGAAAGACGGCCGGUUGUUUUAUAUAGGACCGAAGAAACAGUACAUGCGCAUGGUGGUCAUGUCUGAGGAGGAGAAGCGGGCAGUGUUGGCUGAGUGCCACAACGCACCGGGUACCGGGAACCACCUUGGUGAAAGAGGCACCAGAGACCGGGUUGUGGCCGGGUACUAUUGGAGUACCUUGACGGAGGAUGUGGCUAACUGGGUAAAACAUCAAACCAGGGUUCCCACAGUUCAGGGGAUAAAAGGGGAUUUCCAUAAAACCUGUUUCAAACAGCGAAAAUAAAGGAUUAUGAUAAAUUUGUGGGCAAAGUCAGAGAAUAUCUUACUUUGCUUUAUUGACAUACCUCAUAUCUUAGGUGAGAUGUUGCCAUCAGUGUCAACUGAAUGACCCCAUUAAGACCCAGGUUCCAGCCUUGCAUCCUAUAAAGACAAGUGGCAAACAGCAUCAGCAAUGGAGGUUGGAAAGAAAAGACUGGGAGUGAUUUUGAGAACUUUCCUGUGCAAACAAACUCCAACCCCUGUGGCGUCUUCAUGCUUAUGUCUGCCCUCAGCAUUUGCACGGACACACCAUUUGACUUUACAGAAAGUGACAUGCCAGCCAUCCGCAGGUGGUGGUGUGUUCAAUUGAUGGAGAGGUUCUGCAUUGAAGGGCAUGGACAUCGAUUCGCUUUCUGGACGGAGGAGUCGAAGGCCUUGCUGGAGGGAAGGUUGACGCCAGUAGUUAGACUGCCUCGCAGUAGGACAACCCAGGAGCACCCCUUCAUUAGGGACCUCAAACCAGCACUGCAGUGGCUUCGGGACAACCACAGCAGCCUCAAGGGGGAUUUUCAAGAGCCAGCCUUUCUGCGCAUGAGCCCAAGUCAUCAGAGUGCUGUGCGUGAGGGCUUGGAGGCCAGUGACAGUGAAGACAGGGACGAAUUGAGGGAUCACUUUUUGUUUAUUUUUGAAGAGAUGGAGGAUAUGGAAAAAUUCUUCGAGGAGUGUGGGGACGAAAAAAAACUUAAAGUAAAUGCGUUCUGUGCAAACGCUUACACAAAUAUGGAUACAUAAUGAGGUCACAACCUCCACCCCCUCUCCUUAGAGGAUAGACGCUUGCUUUUGUGCUACUGUGUAAAUAGUUUUCUGUUAAGCUAGGUGUAAAUUUCUUAUUGUGAAAUUCAAUUCAUUUGUCAACGUGUAGCAUCAAUAAAAAUCUUUAUUCAAACAUCUGCACAUUUUUGUAAUACUGAAAUGUUCAUAGUUCUCCACAAAUAUCUAUACACUAUUGUAAUUUUGAAAUGCACUUCAAUUUGCUGUAUCCCUUAAAUAUUGAAAAUCUUAAUGUGCAGUACAUAGUUUUCUGCAUGUUAUACAGGAUCAGGAUUUGUACUUAGCUGUUAUUUUCUCACCAUAUUGACAAAAUUUUAUUAUGUGUGAGUCAGUAGAAAUAUCCUUUGAUUUAUUUCACUGAUGUUCUCCUCCAGUGUGACCUGUGUUGUUACCUUUGGAAUGCCAUUAUGUUAUUAUUUGACAACAAUAUUUAAGGUCAUCAGUCACUAUAGUGUAUUGUUUGAUUAAAUUCUACACUUAUGUAAAUCCUCUUCAUUUCAAAUAAAUAGGGUUUUUGUGGGUUAAUGUUCGAG